AUGGAGGUUGGAGAGGUCGAUGCGCCUCAGAUUUCGACUCUUCGUGAAGAGACCUCGCCAGCACCAACUCGACGGGUCAAGCUACUGGUCAAAAACGCUGGUGGUCCAACUGCCACCCAGACCACAACAACCUCUCGAAAACGACCGAUUUCUGCAUUGACCGAUGAAGAAGACGAAGAAGACCAACUCAUCGACGACGAUGAAGCCCCUGUUAUAACCUCACCACCAAUCCAGCCUCCCCCUCCAGCCAAUACGACGACCAUUUCCACAUCUGGGGAGCCACCUACCAAGCGGAAGGCGCCGAAUAAGCGCAAGCCUCGGAAAACAGAGAAGAAAGUCGCGGAGGAAGAGAGAAUCGCUGCAGAGAAAAUAAUGGGACAAACUGCCGGAAAUCUUGCGCCGAGCAUGACCUGGUUUGAGGUAUCGCCUCAUCGGGCUCAUGAACACGCCGGCCAGAUGAGCACUAUCGAUUUGAGCAAGAACAAUCCCAACGCUAGCAACAGCAGCACACCCGUCAUCCCACCACCACCGCUUAGCAUCGUCCCUCUAACCAAUCCCAGUCCGUCUGUCAGUGUUUCAGCCACGCCUUCCAAGAAAGAGAAGGCGCCUCGAAAGACGGUUACCCGACCACGAGCAAAGCCUGGCCCGAAACCAAAAGCUAUAUUGCUACCACAACCAGAAGACAAUGCGGAUGUGGCAAGUGAAGCUGGAUAUACUGGAACAGCCGCGUCUUCGCCUGUUACGGCUCACUUUGAAGGCAACUCGCCUGAACCAGAGGGGCUACCACCUCCAGUCAAUGGUCUCGUGGUCGAAGAUGUUCCUAUAAACCUGCAUGAAGUCCCCCUACCACAAUAUCCGCUCCCGUUGAAGCCAUUUCCCGUCCAGCCACCUCAGAAGAUCAACACGAGUGCUCCGCAAACAGUCACUCUCGAUCGCUCAGGCGCCAAAGUUCGCAACUGGCGCGUAGUUAACCGUGAAAUUAGAGGCAUUGCUGGUGGUCGAUGGUUUACCAAGACGUGGAUUGGUGGGAAGGAUUCGCCGUUCGCAGACCAUGUAGAAAAGCAGGCGUCGGUGGUGUUGCCAAAGGUGCCGACGAUAUCGUCAGGCACCAGCAAACCUGGUCCAAAACCAAAAGCAUUAAAAAACACUAGUGCUGUCGCUGCUGGGCCAUCAUUGAAUCCUUCCAGGUCAAGUUCGGCAGUCCCAUCGAGGAUGCAAACGGUUGCUGUCGCGCCGCCUUCAGACGGAGGAGACUCGGAUGUGGUUAUGCUUGCGUAG